AUGCAGUUCACAAUUAUAGUUAGAUUUACAAAUACGUCAGCUUCUUCUUCGUCGUUAGCAGAUCUUCGAAUCCCGAUUUCUAUAGGCGCAGAACGCAAUCAAAUCAAUGGACUUAUUACCACCUCCUUUCUUCGUCUGAAUAUCCGUAACAAAUACAAUCAAUGUUGUAAUAGGCGAUUAAAAUUAAUCUAUAGUGGACGGAUUUUGAACCAUAAGACGGAUUUCUAUAAGGAAGUAUUUGAACCGGUUAAAAGGGUAUGGGAACAAGAAGAUGCUGAAAUUGAAGACGGUUCAGGACUCAACAAUGCAGAUUUAAAGACUUCAGGUGAUCAUAUUCUUGGAGGAAGUAUUGACCAGAAAUCGAAGGAAGUUGAUCGUAACAUAUAUAUCCAUUGUGUGGUUGGAGAUGAAUUGUCGAGAACUGAGUUGGAGCAAGAAGAAAGAUUGGAUAAUGAAACUCAAAUACAAACCACUUCAGAUUCAAUUGGUUUUGACCGUUUAUUACUGCAAGGAUUUAGUGAAGAUGAUGUUCGGGACUUUCGUCGUCAAUUUCAAAUGUUAUAUGGGAAUAACAAUAAUACGCUGAUAGAUCAUGGAGGUAUCGCCGAUUUGGAAGAACAAGAGCAAAGACUGUCAGAAAUGAGACAACUUGAAAAUAGGUUAGUGGAGAAUAUGUUUAGUACCGGUGUCGCUGAGAAUACCGGUUCAGGUUCAGGUUCUGGUUCUGGUUCUAGUGCUGGCACUGGAAAUCAACUAGAAACCGAUGACACAGACCCAACUACUCCCAAUGUUGCACCAUCAUUAGAUCUUGAAGAGAAUGCUAAUGAAGAUUUACUUCUAGGGGUUCUUUUAGGAAUAUUUUUAGGAGCAGUAGCCCUUUUAUUCCUAUUGAUCGAUGAUUCCAUCUUUAACAAAAGACAGAAAAUGGCCAUAGUGUUUGGGCUUAUAAUGAACUUUAUGUUUUCUGUUGUUAGAGGAAAUUGGAUAUAA